GUAGCCCGGCUUGUGAACGUGUUUCGUUCCGUUGUAAUACUGUCCAUGUUCAAUAACAUGUUUCUUCGACGAGCUCUGAUAGCGGGGGGAUCUGCCGCAGCGGCGGUCCUUGUGGCUGCUACGGCUGUUGCGAAAGGUAGGGAAGAUCCCCCUAACACCGAUCCUCCUUCGUGCUUGCCCCCGGCCGCUACCGUGCAGUGGAAUCGCAACUGGGACCGCCGGGAGCCACUAUCUCUAAUUAAUUUAAAGAAAGUCAAUGGAGAGACUGGGGAGGAGGAAAUCCAGCUGAACAAGCACAAGGCUAAGGCCACUCGUCACAUCUUCCUUAUCCGACACUCGCAAUACAACCUUAACGGCCGGACGGAUUCUGAAAGAGUUCUGACUCCUCUAGGAUGUGAGCAAGCUGAGCUGACAGGACAACGCCUGGCCUGUUUAGGACUGAAAUACAGCAAGAUCAUUUAUUCUUCAAUGACCAGGGCUAAAGAGACAACGGAGAUCGUUAGCAAGCACCUGCCAGGUGUGAGUAAGCAGAGCUCCGACUUGCUUCGAGAAGGAGCCCCUAUCCGACCCGAGCCCCCAGUCUGUCAUUGGAAACCAGAUGUUGCGCAGUAUUAUGAGGAUGGCCCUCGUAUUGAAGCAGCAUUUAGGCAAUUCAUUCAUCGUGCAGAUCCCAAACAGGAAGAGGACAGCUAUGAGAUAAUAAUCUGCCAUGCCAACGUCAUACGAUAUAUUGUAUGCAGGGCACUGCAGUUACCUCCUGAAGCCUGGCUACGUAUGUCCCUUAAUAACGGCAGUAUCACCUACCUAGUUAUCCGCCCCAAUGGGAACGUAGCUUUGAGAAUGCUUGGUGACACUGGAUUUAUGCCUCCUGAAAAAAUCACCAGAACUUGAGUGUUGGUUCUGCUUAUUCUCCUGAAGCUUCCUCACUGCCAGCCCUGAAGAUAUCGGCGUGGGAUCUGAUGCUGCGCCAAGUGUUAACCAGCACCUCACCUUCUCUGUGCCUUACAGGGAUACACAAAUGAUUCUUGCCAGGGCUUGAACACUCCCUUUUUUUUACCGUGAUUUGUAGAUCAUAUCCAGCAUUAAAGUGUCAAAAUAAUUUUAUACUGAUCUAUUUUACUUUGUACAGUGUUGCAGUUACUGGGUUUGUACAUCUGGAAGAAGAGAUCCGUAGUCUUGUUAAUAGCCUAGUAAAUAUUUGUGGUGUGUCAUCUGCUACACUAUACUGUAUAAGAUGCUGCUAAAGUAUAGUGAAUAUUGAAUUAACUGCAUCUCGCCUGUUUAUAUUUUUACAUGUUUACUGUUAUGGCAUCAUUAAUAAAAUAACAUUUAUUAA